AUGUCAUCUAAAUCACUAGUCAUUCAAUUCCAUAUUUUUCCUAUUCUGAUAUUUCAAUCAACGUGUCCUCAUUCCUUUCCUUUAACUGAACAAGAGGUUGUUGGCAGUUUAUUAACUGAGAAAGAAAUUGGUUCUUUCAAAGAACAAAAUAUUGGUACUUUUUAUUGUCAAACUGGAUCAAGUCUAGAAUGUUGCCCUCUCCUAGCUCGUAAAUAUGCUUCGGAACACCAUUCACGCGUCGCUACAAUAAUUCUCAUAAUCAUAUUGGUUAUUGUAUUGAACUUGUCUCUGCUAGUCUUGAAAGCGGUCGUUGGAUUACAUCAAAUGAUGACAAUUACAGAAUUAGAUGUUUUGCCAUCUUUUACAUUAAUGAUGGCAGGUUUAGCAAUUUCAUUAUCUCCUGGUCGGUUCCUACAAUUGGCUCUCCUAAAUAUGAAAUCCUUGGUCAUGAUCUAUCGGAAUGAACCACCUACCUCAUUUUGGACUCUUUUUACCAUGAAUCUCCCAUUUUUGAUAAUACCAUGCUGCUGCUGCUGCUCAAAAGAUGAUCCGUCCGAAAGAAGAAAUAUGCUUCACAGUGUUCCAAAUCUUGACCCUCAAAAUUAUGCUCCACCAGCAUACUCCUUCUAUUCUAGCAUUCCAAAUCGGGAAUCCGGAAACAGGCACUCCAAUAAUAACCCAUUCUGUUAA